UUUGAAACCACUCCUACCCGGGUCGUGUUGGAAGGGGUGACGCAUGAACACAAAGCUGUAGUCUGGCUCUCCUGGGCUGCGAUGUGUGAGGGAUAGCGUUAUUGCUGAGCAACGGGACACAUCGAAGAGCAACGAACACACAGGGUUGGGUUGGGCAUUGAUUGUAUUGUACUCACUCACACGUCAACGUUGGAUAUAUACAAUAGCACAGAAAAGGGUUCUUGAGGACAUACAAAUACAGCGCUAUAGCCUCACAUGGUUUGAUUGCAGCUAGACCGUUGAGGAUGACGUAGAGUUUAAAGCUGCACUCAGAAGCUGAGCAGAAAAUGAGCUUAACGUCCUGGUUUCUCGUGAGCAGUGGAGGCACCCGUCACCGGCUGCCAAGGGAGAUGAUUUUUGUUGGCCGGGACGACUGUGAAUUGAUGUUGCAGUCCCGAAGUGUGGAUAAACAACAUGCUGUCAUCAACUAUGAUUCUGCAACAGACGAACACAAAGUAAAGGACCUAGGGAGCUUAAAUGGGACAUUUGUGAACGACGCCCGGAUACAGGAACAGAUGUACAUUACCUUGAAGAUGGAUGAUAAAUUGAGAUUUGGAUAUGAUACUAAUCUGUUCACAGUAGUCCGUGGGAAGCUCCGUGUCCCAGAGGAAGCUCUGAAGCAUGAGAAGUUUACAAGCCAACUGAAGCUGACCCAGAAGACCUCAGAGGGGGAAGGAUCCAAGGCAGCCAGAACUAAAACAGCUGAAGCCAAAGCUGCCGAGGCUGAAGGUGAAGGGUUACCCAAAUGUGCAGAGGCACAUAAACUGGACGACAAGAUGUCAGCAGACAUGGCUGCACUGCACCGGGGAACUCCUUUGUAUGGGCAGCCAUCUUGGUGGGGUGAUGAUGAUGCUGAUGAUGAAAACUCCUUCAAUCAGGAAAUCAAGGCUGGGGGAAAGAAGCUGGAGGGUGGUGCAUCAGGAGAAAACAAAGAACCCAGGAAAGCAGAAGAGCAGGGAGGGAACGAGGAAGCACUUUAUUCGCUGUGCAGGGAGCCCAGCUACUUUGAGAUCCCCACAAAGGAGUUUCAACAGCCUGCCCCAAUGAAGGAGAGCACAAUUCACGAAAUCCCCACAAAAGAUACUGAAGGGGCCCAUGUAUCCGCUGCAGGGCAUGCUUCCUUCACCAUCGAAUUUGACGACAACACCCCUGGAAAAGUGACUAUCAAAGACCACAUGACCAAGUUUAACCCAGAUCAGCGCCCACGAUCAAAGAAGUCACCCCCUCAGGGUGGAAAAGAGCUGUCGACGUUACAAGCCACCAUGAUAGCCGCUGAAAACAAAGUUUCUGACUGGCUGGCACAAAAUAACCCCCCAGUGGCCAGGAUAGAAUCCACUGAAGACGAUUCGAAGAGCAUAAAGAGCGAUGUCCCCAUCCAUCUAAAGAGAUUAAAAGGGAGCAAACACGAAGAUGGAACACAGAGUGACUCAGAGAAUGCAGCCAGCCAGAGGCACACCAGUAAAAGGGCAGCGCUAGAGGAGUAUGUGAGGGUCUACCAAGGUCCUAAAGGACUCACAGCUGCUUCUGCUGAGGGCAAGGGUACAGAAGGUACUCUCAUCAGCAGGACAGCCUUUAUGGUUGGGUUUUUCAACGAAGACAACCCACACAAGCAUCGCUCUUAUUCUUUUACUCAGAACAGUGCUGCGGCAAUGGCAGCCUUGGCUGGGCAAGGCCCUUGUCCCACCCCUCCUUCCAGGGUGAACGGGCUUGUCCCUACGGACUGUAAAGGAGUUCCUUCAACGCUGGAAACCCCACCGUCAAGCAAACCGCUUCUGAAGCAGAAAUCGGGGGAUCCAUCCCUGGUACAGAGCUCAGCAAGUGUUGGACAACAAACCAGCCCAAAUGAAGAGCCAGAAAAGCCACCUAAAGCUACUGGAACAGUGGAAAAGGAAAGUAAAGAUGACCAAAGCGAUAAGGGAACCUAUACCAUUGAACUGGAAAAUCGCAAUCCUGAGGAGGAAGAGGCUCGAAGGAUGAUCGAUAAGGUGUUUGGCAUAGAAGAGAGUCAGGACCAUUCUAGGCCAGUUGUAGUUGAACAACAAAAGGGAACCAUUAAAGAUUGGGCCUCUUCAAGAACGGUGGAGAUGAGAAAAAGUCAGUUUGGAACUGCUGCAUUCAUUGACUCAGAGACUCUUCCCGAAGGCCCUGUUUUAGUUGGUAGUCCCCGGUGGGUGUCUCAGUGGGCGAGUUUAGCUGCGAAUCACUCAGGGCAUGAACCUGAUGACUUGAGAUCAGAAUCACCAUAUUUUGGUGCUCAAGAGAAAGAAGCAGAUGUCAGUGAGUCAGGAAUCUCUGUGCAAAGCAUAACCUCUGCCACCUCCACAUCUAGCCAUGGUGAACGAAAGAGAAGGACUCUUCCUCAGCUCCCGACAGAGGACAAAGCUACAACAAAGGCAGUAAAAGGUACAACAAUCUUGGGCCUGAGAUCAGAGAUUGGAGAGAAACAGGACACUGAACCCCAGGAGAAAGAGACAUCAAGCCGUCCAUCCCACAAAGGGAGAGAGGCAGAUAGGACCAGCAGGACUGCCCACAAGGCCCCCAGUGAGAGCAAGGUGGUCUUUCCACCUUCUCAACAGAAGGAGAAGUCAGAAAGCGCCAAGGGAACAUCUGUAGUCAAGCAGGCCCGGGUUAAAAUUCAACAGCAGGAACAAAAGAGCAGCCAGCCCCAGUGGGCCCCGUCCAAACCAGCUCCUGGCAUCAAGCCCCCUGUGAGUGCUGAGAAAAGCAGAGAGGUGUCCGCAAAGCAUGGAAGCUCAGUUCAAAAAACAGGCGCUGACAGGGAUUGCAAAGAGGAAGACGGGAGGAAGAGGGCAGGCAGCCCAAGGAGCCAGGCUUCUAAAGCAAGUGAGAGUGAAAAGGAGUCUGGUAGGCCUUUAGUUAGACAAGGCAGCUUCACCAUUGAGAAACCCAGCACCAAUGUCCCCUUGGAGCUCAUCCCCAGAAUCAAUAAACAGAUGGGAUCUUCCCUUACUCAGGGGCGAGAGAGGAGUGACUCUGUAGGCACCGAUUCCAGCAUGGACACCACAGUGCUUCUAAAGGACACGGAGACUGUGAUGGCCUUCCUUGAGGCCAAACUAAAAGAGGAAAACAAGUUGGAUGGUGGGACAGACACACCCAGUUACCACUUGGACGAUUCCAUCUCGCCAGAAUCGGACGUCGACACGGCUAGCACCAUCAGUCUGGUGACGGGGGACACGGAGCGCAAGUCUGCCCAGAAGCGGCGGACGCUGAGCAGCAUCUACAAGGAGAAGAGCACCAUCAGCGCCCCUUCUCGGGACCAUUCUAAGACUGCUGCCAGUGCUCGGGAGAGGCUGGAGAAGAGAACCAAAAGCCGGACCACUGAUAGCCGAACUGAAGCACGUAGGUCUGUUCAAGCCAGUGCCCGGGCCAGGCAACCAUCCCUAGACAUGACAGAUGAUGACCAAACCUUCAGUUUACCUCACUUCACGAUCUUGGACAUAAUGUCUUCUGAUCAAGAGACUUACUCCGGCCGUUCACAUGGCAGAGGCCAGUUCACAUCCACAGAUGAGCUCUUGCAUUCCAAACUGGAAGCCAGCAAGACUGCCAAAACAAAGACACUGCAGGCUUCUUCCAUAGGUCCUUGCAAGCCGGUCACUUUACCCAGACCCAGGCCUACCCGUGCAUCUCUCUUGCGUAAGGCACGCCUUGGGGAAACCUCAGAUAAUGAAUUUGCGGACGCUGAUAAAGUAUCGGUGGCCUCAGAGGUGUCCACCACCAGCUCGACAUCCAAGCCUCCCUCAGGACGAAAGACCCCCUCUAGGAUAGACAUGCUAGCCCAGCCAAGGAGAAUCAGGCUGGGCUCACUUUCAGCACGGAGCGACUCAGAAGCCACUGUCAGUCGCAGCAGUGCCAGCUCUCGCACACCCGACUCCGCCUUCAGAAGCGGCCUGAGACCAUCUUCCGCCACAGAAGGCAAGAUCGUUCCCAGGAUGAGAGCUAACAGUGUCUCCAAACUGCCCGAUGUCAAGUCCAAAAUCUCUUUUUCCGCUCACAGCUCUCCUUCAGCUAAUGCAAGGUGGAGGCGCUUACCCCCAGAUUAUGCCUCUACGUCAGAAGAUGAGUUUGGAUCUAAUCGCAACUCGCCCAAACACGCCCGCCUGCGACCUGGCACAACCUUGAGAAGCACCAGGCUGCAGACCACAGCCUCUCCAGGCACAGGAGGUGUUGUCCUGAAGCACCGGAUGAGAGAGCAGGAGGAGUACAUUCGCGACUGGACUGCACACAGCGAGGAGAUUGCCAGGUUAUUUCCCUGUGUGCAUAGGAUUAGCCAAGACCUGGCCAAAGACCUGGCGACUCUCGCACGAGAGAUCCAUGACGUGGCGGGAGAGAUCGACUCGGAGAGCUUGCCUAGCACAGUCCCCAGCACCACAGUAAGCACUGCAGCCACCACCCCCGGCUCUGUCAUUGACACCAGGGAAGAGGUAGGGCAGCCUCGCGGAGGAAUGCAGAAGUUGGUGGAUCGAGUGUUUGAUGAAAGCCUCAACUUCAGAAAGAUUUCUCCGGCUUUGCUAAACAAGACUCCGGAGAUCAAUGGACGAGCUGUCGAGCUUCGUCCCCGUACAACAGAGGCCCCUGACCCCCAGGCAGCCAUUCGGAGAAGAACGUGGAGCCGGGAUGAAGCUGUGUUGGACAGUUUAUUGCUUACUUCUGUGUCUCAGCUGUCAUCGAAAAUAAGACAGGCAGUGGAGAAGACUGCUGGCAAAAUCAGAAUACUAUUUAAGGACAAGGACAGGAAUUGGGAAGAAAUCGAAAACAAGUUGAGAGCUGAAAGUGACAUGCCGCUUCUGAAAACAUCAAACAAGGAGAUUACAUCAAUCUUGCUGGAGCUGAAGAGAGUCGAAAAACAACUACAGGUUAUCAAUGUGAUGGUUGACCCCGAUGGCACUCUGGAUGCCUUAAGCAGCCUGGGAUGGACCAGUCCUGUCCUACCAAACCAGAGCUCAAGCCCCAGCUCACGAGGCGCCCGGGCAGCAGCCCCACCUCAGGGGGCACCAGAACUGCGUACAGCCCGGCUGGGGCUCAUUUCUGGCUCGUCAGAGUUGGACAGCAUUGAGUCUAACCGCAACUUCAGCCUCCACUUCAACAGGUUUAACCCCAGCGGGGAGGAGGGAGACUCUGUGGUCCACGAGUAACUUGAUUCUUCACCCUGGAGAUGGGCAGAAUAAAUUAGACUUGUUUAGGGGAAGAUGCGUGGAAUAUUUAUGCUCAACAAAAAUCCUUUACUUUUUUCGCCAUUUUACAGUUAUUUACCCCUUUUCCCUUUAUUAUUGACAAAGGAGCACUUCAGUCGGCUGUUUUAUUUAAAUACAGGGUACCCUUUGUACAAAGCAUGCAUGUCAAUUGACAAGGAAAAGAAAACAUUUCCAGACUCCUUGAAUAUGUUAUACUUGGUUGUCUAGUUAUGUAAAACAAAAGUAUAAAAAAAUCAGUUCUGUGAACACUAAAGAUAUAUAAUAGUGUGUUUCUUCCCCUGUGUUGUAUAGUGAUGCUAACAUUGAAAAUCCCAUUAAGGUGACUUUACUCAAUCCACAAAUCAAUUCUGGUUUAUGAUGGCAUCAAUGUGGGCAUCUCUUAGUUUAAGCAGCUUCAGAAAGGCUGUUUUUAACCUACCAUUUUAGCUAUUGGGGGCUUCAUUCAACAUGGACUAAUCCAAGAAGUAUAUGGUAUCCAACCCCUUCUUUUGCCUCAGCUUGGUAUGUUCUCCAUGGGGAACUCCCCUCACCUGUUAAUGGUAACUGAACAGAUUGAAACAUUUUCUUCAUCUGAUUCAGGUGUUCUUUCUAAAAAGUGCCUGCUGCUUUGGUGUCAACUUGCUGUUUUAGUACCGGUAUGUAGAACUGUUCAGGUGCAGGAGCAAAGCGUUACACUAAAUUGUCUGGACCAAGCUACCUGAUUCAGAUAUAUAGCAGCUAACAACAGUAAAUUUUGUCAAAAGGCCACCAGUGUGACCUUCUGGUUAAUUGAACAGAUAAUGUUUAAGUCAGUUUGCAGGAUAAUAAAAAUCUGCGAAUAGAAUAAUCUGAGAAUAAUAAUAAACAUUCUAAUAUUACAAAGUCAAUGGUUUCCUCCCUAAUUGAACUAACAGUGUUUAUUUACUUUUAAUAACUGGUCCAACCUUACUUUGCAAUGGAGCUGAGUCCACUGAGCAUUAGUGUAAUGUGUCCUGCAUAGGAAACUAUUUUUCUGUUUUGUGUAAGACAAAUGGACAUGUACUUAUGUUCCUUAAAAGUGCUUUAUGUGGUUUGUGGAAAAACAAAGUUACCUAUGUAGUUUUACUCUGCUGUAAAAAUUAAUAUAAUUUGUUAAGCAGUAAGGUGAUUGAACAGAUCAAGUGUAUUUCCAUUAUGUUGACAGCCAUUAUAAAGAAAAUGUUUGUGGGUACUUUGUAAGACUCUGCUAGUUUCUGUCAAAUCAGUUUUUCAUUUUUAUUAACUGGAAAAAGCAGAAAUAGUUUUUCUAAGAUGCAAGCCUGAAUCUGUUAGAUCCACUUAUCCAGUGUUAUCAGUUCUGCAUUAGAGAAUUGUCUGGCAGUCCUAAUUAUGUUUUCACUGAGAAUUCAAAAGUACCUUGACAGCGAGAUCUGUGCUUUUUAAUAAAUGCAGUACAACGAAAUCAGUUUGAUUUGCUGAAGAGUUCUUGUUUACUUGGUAAAUAGUGUAGGAACUGGGUAAUGUUGUCCUAAAUGGGAUUUGAACUUGGAAUAUCACUGGGGUAUGACGCACUAUUGUGUACAUUUGUAUUGCAUUUGCUUCAUAGAAGAUGGUAAAAUGUUAAUCCAAGUUUGUAUUGAUCAAUGUAAAAUACAACAAAAAAAUACACGUGAAACUCAAUAUUGGGUUCUGCAUUAACCAGUGACCAGUGGUUCCACAAUAAAAGAUAUCGCUAGCCAAAGUUUUACUUGCAAGACCCAUUUUGUUCAUGUUAAUUGCGUAAAACAAAAGAGCCCUAUGCCACCUCUUUUGUAUAAACAUGGUGUUUGUUAUCUUAGUACAUAUGAUGAUUUAGCCAUUUAUAAGCCUUUCUCCUAUCCAUGAAUGUCUCUAUUUUGAAGAUCUUGCGUUCAGAACCAGUUUUUAUGUAUAUAUUUAUUUGCAUA